UAACGACCCUAGUUGGAAGCCUGGACAGAGUGGGGACGUCUUAUUAGUUAUUUUUUACUAUUCGCUUAUGUACACCCAACAGUAAUUUGGAACCUGGUUGUAAUUUGAAUCGUGGAUCACAUUACAUCUUUGGGGAAAAUAUACCGCUGAGCAACCCAACCUGUUACAAUUCAUGGCCCGAGUAUUUAAUCACAACAUACAAAAGGACGACUGUGAUUCACUUCAUUAACUGUAUUUUCACGGUCAAACUUUAGAACUGGAGUAGGACAAACCCAUCCUCAAGGCAUUCUCUUCCAAUUCCCGAAGGCGCAUUCAUUAUUUUCUUAAUACAAUGCCACAAAACCUAAUCAUUUCUGGAUGCCACGAGGCCACGUGAAAUAUAUCAGGAAUGAUAAGCUGACAGGACCAAAGUUGGCCGAGAUAAGAUAACCUUUGAUAACACCCUAAUCACCUCAACGGCAGCUUUUCUGGGAAACUAGACGUUGUGACAACAUGGAAAUAGAACUAAUCUCGUUUGAGGUUAUAUUGAAAGAAAGUGUGAGGUGUAGAUGUGGGUGACGAAGAUAACAUCAGUUGCGGACAAUUGCGCCACACGCACACUGAGGCCGUCCUCACCCUACUGGUUCAUGACACACCUACAUCAUCACCUCUCAAUAAUGAAGGUGCUUAUCCUGGCGCUGCUGGCUGGAUACCUCUCGCCUGCCCGAGGUACAGGCAGCAGAGCGCCGGACCAGGACAACUUCGACAAGGACAACUGGAUCUCGCGACUCUACAAGGAUAAGCUCAAAGGCUACAACAAGGAGUCGAGACCCGUCCUGGACCACACCCACAACACCACCGUCUAUCUUGGUCUCUCUCUUAACUACAUCCACCUGGAUGAUGUACGCCAAGAGCUGUCUGUGAACGCCUGGUCUAUUAUGACAUGGGUGGACGAGUACCUGAGGUGGGAACCCAAGAACUACAUCAACCUCGACCGCAUCCACUUCGACGACGACGACAUCUGGAUGCCGGACAUCAGCGUCUACAACAGCGCUGAGGGUUCGGAUGUGCAUCCGUUCGGGCGUGUUCCGGUGUUGGCCAACAGCGUGGGUCAGACCUACUGGUUCCCGCCCACACACCUCGUCGUCAAAUGUGACCUCGACUUGACCAAUUGGCCAAGUGACGAGCACAGUUGUCUGGUCAGGAUGGGGUCCUGGACACAUCACGGCGAACAAAUUGACAUUCAGAUCAUGUCCAACAACGGCACGAACGGGGUGAUAAUGACCAACUUCGAGAAGAACAACCAAUGGAAACUGAUUAAUGUGACGGCGACGCGUUCCCUCAUCAGUCUGGAAGAACACGACCCAUAUGUCGAGGUCGACUUCACCUUCAAUGUGAAGCGCCAGGCCAGUAUGCACGCCACCUUCAUCACACAGUCCACGUUAGCCUUAGUGAUGGUGGUGCUGAUGUCGUACGCUCUGCCACUUGACAGCUUCUUCAGUCGUCUGAUAAUUCACCUCUUCGCUCUGGGUGUGCUCAUCACUUGCUACUUCAGCCUCUUCGCCUUCCUACCGGCCAACGGUGGGCCUGUACCACUAGUGGUUCGUUACUACUCCGGGACAAUAAUCCUCACUACCAUCUCCCUGCUCUGUACAUUCUUCCUGACGGCCCAGGGCAACUGCUGCACCUCCACCCCAACCAACACCCUAAGCAGAAAACUGGCGAGCGCCGUCACCUUCGUUCCUGGUCUCCGAGAUGUCGUGCCUCAGCAAACGUAUAACCAUCUUGAGGCCGAGAUGAUCGAGGAAGGAGACGGGAGCAGCACCCAGCCAACUACUGCACAGGACAGCUCCGGAAUCAGCCUCUCACAGAUCAAGCGAGUGGUCAACUUCCUCCUCCUGGUUCUCUUCACUAUUGCCUAUAUAGUGGACUAUGCAGUUCUUAGAAGUGUUGCCGUUUAAUAACUAUAAAGCCACUUCCCCUCAGAAUUUCAUGACAUGUGAUAGAGGAGCUGUGGAUGUGACUGUGUUGUUUACACCGAUAUUUAGGUACAGUACUUGGUUAGAGAGCUCAGCUGGGCUCUGUUGAGAGCUCUACAACAGAGAUCUAUUGAGGUGGCUACAACAGAGAUCUAUUGUGAUGGCUACAACAGAGCUUCAUUGAGGUGGCCACAAAAGAGCUCUACUGAGGUGGCUACACACAAGCUCCACUGAGGUAGCUACAACAGAGCUCCAGAGGUGGCUACAACAGAGCUCCACUGAGGCAACUACAACAGAACUGCUUACUCUAUUGGCUGAAUUCUUUGCCGUAAUGGACGACUGUAGAUUUUGGCAUUCGUGUUGUAUUUAAUGUUGACAUGUUUUGAAUAGUGAACUCGCAUGGCACUACAUGCAAUAAUAAUUGUGAAGACUGUGUAUAUUUGUGUAUGAAAUAAUCAACUUUUUUUUUAAGCAAAAAUGUAGGGACUAUUUUAUGGUUUAUAUGGUUAAAGCAAGAAUGUAGGGACUAUUUUAUGGUUUGUAUGGUUAAAGCAAGAAUGUAGGACUAUUUUAUGGUUUGUAUGGUUAAAGCAAGAAUGUAGGGACUAUUUUAUGGUUUGCAUGGUUAAAGCAAGAAUGUAGGGACUAUUUUAUGGUUUGUAUGGUUAAAGCAAGAAUGGAGGGACUAUUUUAUGGUUUGCAUGGUACUUUUAUCUUUUAUGUAUGAAAUGAGAACUAGACAAGGUUUGUGAUCAGGGUUCUAACAUGAAAUGUUAACGGCAGUCUAAAGAAGAAUUAGCCAUUAAUGUUUGCUUUAAGUAAAUGUCUAUGGCAUUGGUAUCAGUUCUUAGAAUUUAGUUGCUUCUGAUUUUUAUCAGACUAAGAUUGAGAAAUGUUUUGAUUUCAUAUACAAAAAUUCAUGAGAGGGAAAUAUUCGGUCUUCUUUCAAAGAUUAUAAUAAUAAUGACAUUUUAAAAUGUUUUCAAUAUUUUAAAAAAUAAGUAUUAAAAAGUUAUUUGUCCUCAGAAACUACAUAAUUCUUAAAUUAAAAUGUGUUAUCAUCCUAAUCCAUUUUUUAAUUCGGUCUGCAUGUUAAUUGACAAUGGUUGUAUCGAACAAAUUCACAUGUACCAAUCAAGUUUUCCGAUGAAAUACACAAAAAUCAAAUUUGUUAUGAGUUCAAAACAUGCAUUAAAAAAAUGUAAUAAACCAUGUAAUAAACAAACUUCUUACUGGUUUGUCCAAUA